AUGGCCGACUUCAAUUCUCUUUAUCAGCAAAACCUCUACCUGUCACCGGAGCAGCAGAAUCUAUUAAUGGCUGCUUUGAAUUCUAACAAUCCUUCACACAAGCAGACGGACAACAAGAAGGACACGGCUAGCAGAUCUCGCACACAGUCAAGUUCCAACAACACUAGUCCGUCUCAGGGUAAUGGAUUUGAUCCAUCAACGUCAAGUUAUUUCGAGUCACCACUUAUACAAGACGGUCCGGGCUCUGGUCAUCUAGGGUUUGGAUCAGACGAAAGCCCGUUCCUCGAAUUUGAUCCUGAAGUCGAUUUUGACUUCCAAGGUACCGAUGAAUUGAUUGGUGAUCUACCUGAUUUGGAUGACCACGAGCAGCGGGACAAAAGAAAGUCUAUCGAUGGGAAUAAUGAAGAAGACCUCAGCAACGGCAAGAAGAGGCGCGAGAGCGAUGACAAAGACAAGUCUGCUAAGAAGCCGGGACGAAAGCCACUCACUUCAGAGCCUACUACUAAACGAAAAGCUCAGAAUCGCGCUGCUCAGCGUGCCUUCCGUGAGCGAAAGGAAAAGCACUUGAAAGAUCUCGAAACUAAAGUUGAUGAACUCGAGAAGGCCUCAAAGAACGCUAACCACGAGAAUGGUCUCCUUCGAGCCCAAGUGGAGAGACUCCAGGUGGAAUUGAGGGAAUAUCGGAAACGAGUCUCUUGGCUCAGCAAUGGGAAUGGUUUCUCAACUAUGGCUACUAUGAGUAACAUGAACUCCCGCAAUUUAGGAAAUCUGAACAAUAACGACUUCUAUUUUGAUUUCCCUAAAUUUGGAGACUUGCCCGGAAACCAUAUCUUCAAAAACACCGCCAACAAUGCGCAAAAUAAGCAGACGUCAUCCAAUUCGCCCUCAACGACGGGUGUGUCACCAGCCACCCAACUUCCCGGCGAUUUCAGUCACAGUUCAUUGAAUAGCAAGAACUUGUCCAAAGCCGGACGAGCCAACGGCACGCCCGGUGGCCAAACUAAUAGAAACGGCUAUAAAACUCAAACGAGUGCUAGCUCGGUGGUGUCCAAUACUGACUCUCCAAGUGCCUCGUCGGAUUCUCAGCAUGGCCAGGCUUCCUCAAUUGGCACUUCACCGGAACCGAGCUUAAACUCGCCAAAUGUUGGCAAACCGAACGAUAGCGGGCUGGGCUUUUAUAGUAAUGAUGCUGCACAUUAUGGCGCCAUUGAUGGUGAGAAAUCCUUCUGUCAGAAGCUGGGCAUGGCCUGUGGCAACGUCAACAAUCCGAUGCCGGCGGUCCUGAAUAAGAAUAAUGACAAUACACAAAUGUUAGGCCAAUUGCAACCGGCGGCAGCAGAUCAAUCUCUCUCAUUCGACUGGCUAGCCCAACAAAACGGUGGUAACUUCGACCCAGUGCUAUUCAACGACUACCGCGAGCCACAGGAUGCCAUACUCUCGCAGGAUUUCGGGGCGUUCUUUAAUGACGCGUUUCCCUUGCCUGACCUCGGUAGUCCAUUUGGCAAUGCGAACGAGGUCGCUAGCCCGAAAGAGCCUAUUGCUUCAAAGAACGACCAAUCACCGCCAACUGAACAGAAGCAAAGUGAACACGAGGAGGUGGUUCCCGGCGAGGACAAGACGCAGAUCUUGUCAUGCACUAAUAUCUGGGAUCGUCUUCAGUCUAUGGAGAAGUUCCGAAAUGGCGAGAUCGACAUUGACUCACUGUGUUCGGAACUACGUACCAAAGCACGCUGCUCAGAAGGCGGCGUGGUAGUAUUCCGAAAGGACGUGGACGACAUUAUGGGACGGGCUGGCAACGAAACAUCUAACAAGGCCUAA